GCGAGUUUCUGUGGGGGCCGGCCAUCUUGUGUGGGCAGCAAAGAAGCACGUAGGGGGUGGGCCGGGGCCUGGGCAGCAUCGGAGGAGGAUCCCACCCAAAGGGGUCCAUCAUGCCCGGACACCUGCAGGAAGGCUUCGGUUGCGUCGUCACCAACCGCUUUGACCAGCUCUUGGACGACGAAUCCGACCCCUUCGAGGUGAUCCAGGCGGCCGAGAGCCGCAAGAAAGAGAGCACCGGUGGGGGCGGCGGCGGCCACCAAGGCAGCCGCGGUGGCGGAGGCGGACAAGCGGCCCAAGCUAAUUCAUCCUCAGGCGGCGGUUCGGGCCAGAUCGGUUCGGGCGGAGGGAGCGGCAGCGCGGCCAAGCAGCUGCGCAGGGAAUCUCAGAAGGAGCGCAAGAACCCGUUGCCGCCCUUCGCCUCCUCGACUGGGCCUGGAGGCGCCGGGGACCGGAGAGAGGAUGGAGGCGGGCAGCCCGGCUCCGCGCCUCUCAGGAAGGAAGGGAUAAGACGAAUUGGCAGAAGGCCUGAUCAGCAACAGCCUCAGGGAGAGGGCAAGCCUAUUGAGAGGAGGCAGGAGAGACGGCCUCCUCGUGAACGACGAUUUGACAAACCUGCUGAAGAAAAGGGUGAAGGAGGAGAAUUUUCUGUUGAUAAACCCAUUAUUGAUCGUCCUAUGCGUGGCCGUGGUGGUCUUGGAAGAGGUGGUCGUGGUGGAAGAGGACGUGGAAUGGGCAGAGGAGAUGGCUUUGACUCUAGAGGCAAACGUGAAUUUGAUAGGCAUAGUGGAAGCGACAGAUCUUCUCUUUCACAUUCCCAUUUCAGUGGUCUAAAACACGAAGACAAGCGUGGCGGGAGUGGAUCACACAACUGGGGAACUGUCAAAGAUGAACUGACUGACUUGGAUCAAUCACAUGCAACAGAGGAAACACCAGAAGGAGAGGAACAUCCCCCUGCUGACUCGGAAAACAAGGAAAAUGAAGUAGAAGAAGUUAAGGAAGAAGGUCCUAAAGAAAUGACUCUUGAUGAAUGGAAAGCUAUUCAAAAUAAGGAUCGUGCAAAAGUCGAAUUCAACAUCCGUAAACCAAAUGAAGGUGCUGAUGGACAAUGGAAAAAAGGCUUUGUUCUGCACAAGUCAAAGAGUGAGGAGACAAAGGGGAUGUCAGAAAUGCAGGGGAGUCAGCUGGAGCCCAAUGAGUCUCAUGCUGAGGACUCUGUAAUGGAUCACCAUUUCCGCAAGCCAGCAAACGAUAUCACGUCCCAACUGGAGAUCAAUUUUGGGGAUCUUGGUCGUCCUGGGCGUGGUGGUAGAGGUGGAAGAGGCGGUCGUGGGCGUGGGGGAAGGGCUAACCGUGGAAGCAGAACUGACAAGUUGGUUAAAGAGUUUGAUGUGAUCCACACACCCAACCAGUCAAGUGCUUCUGCUCCUGAUGUUGAUGAUCCAGAAGCUUUCCCGGCUUUAUCCUAAACUGGAUGCCCUAAGCCAACCCUGCCUCUUGUUGGGCCCUUCUCUACAAGGCUUGCAUGCUUAAGGAUCCUAAAAACAACUUAAGAUAUUAAAACGGGGACUCUCAUUCAUGCCAUUCACACCUGAAGACUGAAUUUUACCUGUUUUGAAAUGAACUUCUCUUGCUACACAGAAGCAACAAUAUGGUAGUCAGUUUUGUAUUUAGAAAUGUAAUGGUAGCAGGGAUGUUUUCAUAAUUUUUUUCAGAAAUUAUGCAUUCUUCAUGGAUACUUUUUUGUAUUGCUGCUUGAAAAUAUGCGUUUCCAAACUUGAAAUAUAGGUGUGAACAGUGUGUACCAGUUAAAGCUUUCACUUCAUUUAUUUUAUUUUUUUUAAAUUAGGGUUAGAUGUGCUUUCCCUAAACUACAACAAUUUUAACUCUUGCACACUAUUUCUUUUAAUACUGCUUAGCAGAUGGUUUCAGUCCACGGUCAGCUGGGAUAUGUAUAAAAAUAAUAUGGAAAAUUGUUAGUACUGUGUGGAAUACUAACUUCUGGAGUAUUUGAGUUUUUAAUACUUAAGUCAAACUUGGAAAGUCCAUUUUCUUCUAUCUUUGGUAGUUUGUGUAUUCAAAAUCUUUAUACAAAAUUGAUAUCAGAUACUUGAAAAAUAGUCAAAGCACAUUGGUUUAUAUUCUCAAUACCUGCUUGUGAAUCCAGCAGCUCUGGUUGGAUAAUUGGCCUAAGCCAUUUUUUAAAAAAAACAAUCCAUGUUGCACCUCUCAUUCACCCUUUUUCUUCAAGAAAACUAGUUGUCUGUUUGGUAAACUUUGUUUAAACUUGUUAAUAUUGUUGCUACCAAAAAUAUUCUGUAGAGUGGAGCAACUUUUUUUCAAGACAUGGAAGGUUGGGAACACAGUGGUAUCUUAUUUCUUAAUAUAGUUGGUUUAAACUACAGUUGAUACUGUGUGGCAGUGCUGUAAAUCUACAUUAAAAUGCGGCCCCUUGGGUGCAUUUAAACACUGUUCCACUAGCAUGCAACCCUGAUUCUGAAGAAGAAACCAAAGGGCACUGUAUACUUCUUGGGAAAAGGAUUAUUUGACUUGUUUAAAUUGGAAAACCAAGACCAUGAAAGUGGGACAGCAGUGGUCUGCGUGGGACAUAAGCCAAACCUCACCACCCAAUUGAAAUGUGGAUCUUGCUCUAUUGCUUCAGCUUUUGGCCUUGCCUAGCUGAGAAGUGAAUGUUUUAUUUUUGGUGUGGGGGGUGAUUGUAAGCUCUCCUUUCCACUGUAGACUUUUCUUAAUAUUUUAACUUAAUCCCUGUGAAAGAGAAUGUUACCACUUUCAAAACAUGAAAGGACUUGAGCAAAUAAUAAAAAAGGACUACUUUGCCUUUCUGUCUACAACACUUGUUAGGAGAUUAGAACUGAAACAUCCAUUUAUUUCAAGGUUUUGUCGAGUACAAUUGGUGGUUUUCUUAAGGAAUUGGAAACAUUACCCCCGGAGGGCAAAAAGUAUUGAACUAAAGCAUAAACAGUAUUGAGAUGAUGCAUUAUCUGAAUGAUUUUUGUGAACAUUUGUUUACGUAUGCAAAGGUUACUACAUUUACUCUGAUUCUUGAUGCGUUUAAAUUUCAGCAUUGUGAUGAGGAAGUAGGAAUGGAGAAGUAGAUUUUUAAAUGAGUCCAGUAUUUGCCUUCAAGGAAGAUUUUUAAGCACAUUACCCUUCACCCUUCUUCCUGCCCCAAUUUAUUGGUUCUUAGUUUCCUGAUUAUGAUUUUGGAGGUAGUCAAUGUUCCUUAAGUCAACAGGUUACAUAUGUUAUCAGGUUCCUUGUUUGUUUCCAUCCAAAUGCAUCUCUUAGCACAGAUUUCUUUGGAAGAUUCUGCGUGUUGUCUAUAUCCUUAAAAAAACAAAUUCCUAUUUCCUGCACAAAUACGCUAAUGCCCAAAUAACAUACUUAUUAAAUAGUAUGUUACUGUUCGUGAAUAGUCCCAAUUUAACUCUUUGAUUUCUAGAUGUUAAUUCUGGACAGCCAUAUAUCCAUGCAAUGCCAGUUUGGUACUUGACGUGACAUUUUCAUCUUCUAGUAUACUUUUAAUAUAGAGCAAAUUUAGAAAUGCUGUUUAAAGAUGGCAAAUUUGCUGGCUUUUAAUAGCUGUGUACUUAAUUUGUGUUGAGCUGUGAAAAUGCUUUCAUAAUAUUGGUACAUAUUAGCAAAGUAAAGGUUUAUUUUCAUGCUCUUUUCAAAAAUGCUAUUAAAUUGGCAUUGUAAAUGUUUUUAGUGCCAGGCAUCUUGCCUAAUUUCUACCUGAAACCAUCUACAUGUCUUUCCCAGGGAAUGGUCCCCUUGUGGUGGAUCCAUUAGCAGUUGUGAGCAUAGCUUUAGCAAAUAACUACUCACAUAGUUAAUUUUAAUAUUAGCUAUUAAAUGAAUUGGGUUUGUAUCUCUUAUUCUUUUGCUUGUUUGUGUUGCUAUUGCACCUUUUUUUAGAGCUAGCCUCCUUUAAAAUGUGAUAAUUAUGAUUGAUUUAUUAAAUGUUUGAGCAUGAAAGUUCAUCUUGUACCAGACUACCGGCAGAAAAAUUAAAAUGAGUAAAAUGAGAGAGCACAAGCCCUUCUAAGGUAACCCUAAACAUUAAAAACUAUAUGUCUAUCGUGAAUAUACAUUUUGUUGGACAGAUACUGUGUCUGAUUGGAUAAUUACAUUUUGCCCUGAAAUUUAUAUACCCUCCUGUUGACUUAAUAAAAGCAGGACUGAG